AUGUCUUCCAACACUCCAAACUCUUCCAACCCAAAUGCUUCAAACCAAUUUGCAUUUUUCUGUUACGAUUCGACAUCACCACCACCUUACCGGCCACAAAUGGAUCCAUCUCAAAACCAAGCGUUUGUAGGCGGUGUUCUAAAAUUCCAAAUGCCAGAACAAUUUCAAUUCCAAUCCCCACCACCCCGAAUAACAUCCCAACCGCCUUUCACACCUUCAACCGAAAUUCUUUCCAAUUCCGAACACAAAAAACAACCUCAACAAAAAGGGGGAAGUCCGAUCCGACAAGAUGGACACAAAAAGAAGAAAUCGAGUUAG